CCUUAUCCUAAAGGGUAGCAAGGGAAAAUGGAAGCUUCCUACAAGCUGUGGCUUGUGUACGUUUCACUCGCCUCAUUUGUCCUCUACAAGGUCUUCGUUCUAGGCAAAAAGAAUUCUCGGCUGCCGCCGGGCCCGACGCCGAUCCCUCUCCUCGGCAACAUCUUUGACAUCCAAGGCGAUCUGCACCAGGCCCUUACCAGGCUCGCCGGGGUGCACGGCCCUAUCAUAUCCAUCAAGCUCGGCGCCACCACCGCCGUCGUGGCCUCAUCCGCCGAGUGCGCCCGCGACGUGCUGCAGAAGUACGACCACCUCCUGGCCGGGCGGUCCGUCGCCGACGCCGCGCGCGCGCUGGGAUUCCACGAGCGCUCCAUCAUAUGGCUGCCGUCCACCAGCCCGCUGUGGAAGCGCCUCCGCGCCGUGUGCACCAACCACCUCUUCUCGGCGCACGGCCUCGACGCGGCGCGCGCGGUGCGGGAGGAGAAGGUGAGGGACCUGGUCGGCUGCAUCCGCGGCCAUGCCGGGGAGACCGUGGACGUCGGCCGCGUCGUGCUCUCCGGGCUGUUCAACCUCGUCUCGAGCGUGCUGUUUUCCGAGGAGGUGGGCGACCUGAGCUCAGAACGGGCGCAGGGUCUCGAGACGCUGAUCGACGACAUCCUCGCGGAGCUCGUCAAGCCGAACUUGUCGGACCUCUUUCCCGUGCUCUCCGUUCUUGAUUUGCAGCGCCGCCGCCGCCGUACCGGCGAGAGUCUGGGAAGGUUUUUUGACUUCUUUGACCGGAUUAUUGACCGUCGUAUGAAGGCCGGAGGCGAAAGGAAAGGUGAUUUCUUAGAUGUGCUACUCCAGCUUCACUCGGUGGAUCAGCUCAGCAUUGAAACAAUCAAGUCCUUUCUUUUGGAUCUGUUCAUAGCAGGGACAGAGACAAACUCUCUCACCGUACAGUGGGCGAUGGCCGAGCUACUUCGGCACCCGGUCGUCAUGUCAAAGGUUCGAGCCGAGCUACAGGAAGUGCUCGGUGAAAAGCAGUAUCCUGACGAGUCCGACAUCAGCAGGCUGUCGUAUCUCCGCGGCGUGCUGAUGGAGAGCAUGCGCCUUCACUCGCCAAGCCCGCUCCUGAUACCGCACCACGCCAUGGCGGAAGGCGCGGAGGUCGGGGGCUUCGUGGUGCCCAAGGGAGCCACGGUGAUCGUCAACCUAUGGGCCGUCAUGCGCGACCCGGCGGUGUGGACGCAGUCCGAGGAGUUUAUGCCGGAGAGGUUCAUCGGGGCGGACAUGGACUUCCGGGGCAAGGAUCGGUUCGAGUUCAUGCCGUUCGGGGCGGGGAGAAGGGCUUGCCCUGGGAUGCCCAUGGCGACACGGGUUGUGACCCUCAUCCUCGCGUCCCUGUUGCACAGGUUUGAGUGGAGGCUGCCCGAGGGGAUGCAGCCGUGCGACGUCGAUGUUCGAGACCGGUAUAGGAUGUCUCUCAACAUGGUCACGCCGAUCAAGGCUGUGCCACUGCCGUUGUUCUCGUGAUGGAUUGUUAUCUUCGGUUGUGUGCAUAGAUCUAACUCGUGUGCACUUAGUUUGCGUAUGUGGUAUCGGCAGUUUGUGUUGGAAUGAACUAUCCAAGGGAGACAUUCGGAUCACAAGUGUAAUAAUGAUAGGUAAGUGUUGAUAAUGAAUAAAUGUACAAGUGUUUUGUGUAAACUAUCAAGCAUUGAAGUUAAAGAACA